CCGAAUACCGUUAUCAUAUUAAUUAUAUUUGAUCUUGUAAUGGAUUUACUUUUCAGUGUAAGGGUUCGAGAAGUAGAAUGGCUUUAUAUUCCAAAUACUGUAAUAUUAUUAAUAUCAUUGGCAAUAAAUACAUUAUUUGUACUUUAUUUAUCACGUGAAUUACAUUCAUUAGGAUCAAACGUGAAUUCUGUAGUUUUAUUAUUUUUUACCUUACUUUCAUGUGCCGAUGUUGAAACGUUAAAUAUUUUACAAAGUUAUAAAUUUUUUGGAAGUAAAUUUAGUGAUAGUACUGCAAGAAAAAUUUUUUGGGUUGCUUGUUUAGGUAUAUUUGUUGAAGAUAUACCUCAAAUUUCAAUUCAAAUAUUGUAUUUUUUGACAGUAGGCUAUUAUGAUACAUUAACUUCAUUAUCAUUGGUUUCAUCUUGUACAACAAUUGCAGUACACGUAAUUGGUAGAGUAUUUAAUAUAAAAGAAGCGAUAUGCCCAAAAAGAUUAGAUGAUUCUGAGGAAAGUAGUAGAUUGAAUAUUAUAAUCGCGAAGUAAUUCAUUAUAUCAAGAAAGAUGGGAGAGCGACGAUUAUGGUAAAGAGGAGUACUAAAAAAUAUUU